UAUUACAAACAAACAUAAAGUUUGAAAUUUACUUCAAAAUUCUAAAUAAUGUUUCGGUCGAUUUUGUUGUUCGCACUGCUUUUGUGUGUAAAUGGUGAGAAGGAAAAAUUUAAACCCAAAAAGUCGGAAUAUUGUACGAAAAAAUGCCCCCCCAAUCUUAAAUCUACUGGUUGCGAUUGCAAAAAGCAAGGAACUCGAAGCGAGGUUUUAGAGAAAAUCGUAGAAUUCCGCCAAACGGUUGUGGACGAACACAACAAAUUACGAAAUCUCCUCGCUUCUGGUAACGAAACUCGCGGCUUUGCCAAAUCGGCUGCCAACAUGUUGGUCGUGAACUAUGACAUGGAACUUGAAUAUUUGGCACGAUGUUACGGAAGAAGUUUAUUUAACGGAUUUCGCGAUAAAUGUAUGAUGUUGGAGAAUUGGGAAAUAGCAGUACAGAAUGUCGGUGGUUCAAGACCUAAAGACAACAGUUUUGAUGAACUGAUAAAAAAACUGAUCGUUCAAUGGUAUGACGAAGUCAAAAACAUGCAGUCAGAGAUGUAUAGUAAAUUUGGUCAGGUGGGAAAGUAUGCCGUUUCAAGCUUUACAAGAAUGUGUUGGUGGUCUGUGAAUCGUAUAGGUUGUGCGCGAAUUCAUACAGCAGAUACGAAAAAAGACAAAUUUACUCAACCGUCUUUUGAACAAGCUUUAAUUUGCAACUACAUUGCGAAGGAUAUUGGCGGACUAAUUAGGACUGAAGGUGAACCGGUAUAUACGGAAGGACCACCGUGUUCAAAAUGUCCCGAAGUGACUAAAUACGACAAAUGCAACACAAAGUACACCUCUUUGUGCGGAGAAUUAGAACCGGUGCCGACCGACAAACCGUAUGCUUUUGAAUCUAAAGCACCAAAACACAAUUCUAUUCUAAUAGUCAUUUUCAUUGCUGUAUUGGUGCUUUGUCUCUUCUAAGAAACCAACUGUUUAAAUUUUCUGAUGUUUUGUAACGACAAAUUCAAGUAUUUUGUAUUAAAAAUUUCUGUGAAAAUCAA